AUGAACGUAUUCGUAAUAGGUAUCAUCUAUCUAAUAUUUGUGUUAACUGCGAUUGUAGCAUCGUUGUUAACCAUCUAAGAAAAGCUUAAGUUUGAUGAUGAAAACGGCGUACUCAUCUUAACAGAUAAAAAUUUCAAAUUUGCACUCGAGUAGCACGAUUUUAUCAUGGUUGAAUUUUAUGCUCCAUGGUGCGGUCACUGCAAAAGCUUGGCUCCUUAAUAUGAAAAAGCUGCAUAAUAACUUAAGGAUGGUAACUCUAAAGCUGUUCUUUCCAAGGUUGAUGCAACUGCUGAGAAAUUUGUUGCUUCCCAAUUUACUAUUUAAGGAUAUCCUACUUUGAAAUUCUUCAUCAAGGGUAAAUCCAUUGAAUACAAGGGAGGAAGAACUACAAAUGAUAUCGUUGCAUGGAUUGAACGUAAAACUGGUCCCCCUUCUCAAUUAGUUAGCAAUCCUAGCGAUCUCUAAGACAUCAUUAAAGACAACGAUGUUGUUUUGGCUUAUUUCGGUGAUUCUGAAGAAGAUAAGGAAUACAAGAUUUUUGAAUCUAUCUGCUUGACAUACGACCAUGUUAAGUUCGUCCAUUCUUUUGACUCAGCUACCAAGGAUUCAGUUAAGGGUACUUUUAAGAAUGUCAAAUUAUUCAAGAACUACGAUGAAAGAGAAAAUGACUUUGGUCAAUAAUAAUUCACUGCCGAAAAAUUAGGAAAGUUCAUUGAUGACUUCUCUCAUCCUUUGGUUUUCCCUUGGGGAGACACUGCCUCAUCAAAGAUAUAUUCUGAUAAAAACAUCGGUGUCCUUUUGUUCAGAGAAGCUUUCGACUAAUCUUCUUUAUUAGUUCUCUAAGAAAUUGCCAAGACUAGAAAAUUGAAAGAGUAGAUUCAAUUUGCUUAGGUUGAUAAGCAACAUAAGGAAUACUCAAGAAUCAGUGAAAAUAUUGGUGCUACUGGCUUAAACCUUCCUGCAGUCUUCAUCGUUGAUCCUAAUGAAGAAAAUGCUACUUACUUGAUGGAAGGAGAAGAAUUAAAUAUUAAGAAUUUGGAUAGAUUCAUUAACAACUUUAAGAACAAGAGAUUAACUAAGUAUAUCAAGUCUCUUCCAAUUCCUGAAAACACUGGUACUGCUGUUCAAACUAUUGUCAGAAAGAAUUACGACUAAGUUGUCCGUGCUUCUAACAAGGAUUUACUUAUUAUGUACUUUGCUACCUGGUGUGGUCAUUGCAAUCAAUUCAAGCCCAAGUAUGAAGAAUUAGCUAAAAGAUUUGUUGAAAACACAAAUCUUGUUUUUGCUAUGUACGAUGGUGUAAAUAAUGCCGUAGAAGAUGUCCAAGUUAAUAGUUAUCCUACACUCUACUUCUUUAAAAAUGGUUCCAAAGCCUCUCCUGUAAAGUACGAAGGUAACCGUGACGCUGAUGAUUUAAUUCAAUUUGUUAAGAAACACACAACUCACCCAUGGGUUUAACCUUCUGCUUAAUGA